AUGUCAGAGUUAUUGGAGACGGGAUUUCAAGAAACAAAUAUGGAAACCUGUAGUUUACCUGAUGAUUCAGACAAGAAGAUUGAAUCAACACAUUUAGUGCCAUCUGUCAUUAACAAGGAUCUAAUGGAGUCCGAGGAUUUCAUCCGGGAUAGAGAUUUGUGUACAAAAUAUUUUGAAAAUUGGUGUGAAGGACAGCAAGUGAUAUUUGUUGAGCAUUUACUUUCACGCAUGUGCCAUUACCAGCAUGGUCAGAUCAACUCAUUUCUCAAGCCUAUGUUACAGAGAGAUUUUAUUUCUGCACUGCCAGCCAAAGGCCUUGAUCAUAUUGCUGAGAACAUACUAGCUUAUGUGGAUGCCAAGUCACUUUGUGCCGCUGAAUUGGUAUGCAAAGAAUGGUAUAGAGUCAUAUCAGAAGGAAACCUGUGGAAGAAGCUUAUAGAACGCAGAGUUCGCACAGAUAGUCUAUGGAAAGGCCUUUCAGAACGGCGAGGAUGGGAUCAGUAUUUGUUUAAGCAGAGGCAUGGAGAGACACCGAAAGAUCACAAGUUCUACAGAACACUCUACCCACAAAUUAUUCAUGAUAUUGAUAGAAUAGAAAAUAACUGGCGGACUGGAAGACAUCAGUUGCAGCGGAUUCAUUGCCUCAGUGAGACCAGCAAAGGGGUCUACUGCCUUCAGUACGAUGAUCAGAAAAUUAUCAGUGGCUUGAGAGACAACACAAUUAAGAUAUGGGACAGAAGCACAUUAGAAUGUAUCCAAGUACUGACGGGUCACACUGGAUCAGUUCUUUGCCUCCAGUACGAUGAAAAUAUAAUCAUUUCAGGAUCUAGUGAUUCCACUGUAAGAGUAUGGAAUGUCCAUUCAGGAGAGAUGAUGAACACAUUAAUUCACCACUGUGAAGCUGUGCUGCAUCUUAGGUUCUGUGAUGGUAUUAUGGUCACCUGCUCCAAGGACCGAUCUAUUGCUGUUUGGGAUAUGCAGUCACCCACAGAAAUUAAUCUUCGCCGGGUUCUGGUUGGCCACAGAGCAGCUGUAAAUGUUGUUGACUUUGAUGAGAAAUACAUAGUGUCAGCUUCAGGGGACAGAACAAUAAAAGUGUGGAACACAUCGACCUGUGAGUUUGUGCGCACUUUGAAUGGACACAAGCGGGGUAUUGCUUGCCUUCAGUACAGGGAGCGGCUGGUUGUUAGUGGCAGCUCGGACAACACCAUCAGACUAUGGGACAUUGAGUGCGGAGCUUGUUUGCGAAUCCUUGAAGGUCAUGAAGAACUAGUCAGAUGCAUUCGUUUUGACAGCAAAAGGAUUGUCAGUGGUGCAUAUGAUGGGAAAAUCAAGGUAUGGGACCUUCAGGCAGCCUUAGACCCCAGGGCACCUGCAGCAACCCUGUGUUUAAGGACCCUUGUUGAACAUUCAGGACGAGUUUUUCGCUUACAGUUUGACGAAUUCCAGAUUGUGAGCAGCUCACACGACGACACAAUUCUUAUCUGGGAUUUCCUCAAUGUUCCGCCAUCAGAAAAUCAGGGAUCACCAUCCAGAAGUUACACUUAUGCUAGAAAUUGA